CGGGGGAAGGGCGGGGCUUAGGUACUAGGCGGCGGCGGCUGGCGUGGGGCUCCUUAGAUGCGCCACGGCUUCGGUAGCGACCGCCUGUCUACACGGGUGUGAGCUUCGCCAGCCCCUCCCCCAGGAGACCGUUGCAGUCGGCCAGCCCUUGCUCCUUGGUAACCAUGUGUGACCGAAAGGCCGUAAUCAAGAAUGCCGAUAUGUCGGAGGAGAUGCAACAGGACUCGGUGGAGUGUGCUACUCAGGCAUUGGAAAAGUAUAAUAUAGAGAAGGACAUUGCGGCCCAUAUCAAGAAGGAGUUUGAUAAGAAGUACAACCCCACCUGGCACUGCAUCGUGGGGAGGAACUUCGGUAGUUAUGUGACACAUGAAACCAAACACUUCAUCUACUUCUACCUGGGCCAAGUGGCUAUUCUCCUGUUCAAAUCUGGUUAAAAGCAUGGACUGUGCCACACACUCAGUGAUCCAUCCAAAAACAAGGACUGCAGCCUAAAUUCCAAAUACCAGAGACUGAAGUCUUCAGCCUUGCCUAAGGGAACACCUCCAUCUUUGAACCUUUAUUGUGUUUUGUACAGGGCAUUCUCUGUACUAGUUUGUGGUUAUAAAGCAAUUAGUAAAACAGCUUACAUUUGUAUUUAUUUUCUAUUCCAUACCUCUCUGCCCCAUGUUUUUUCUCUUCAAAAUCCAUUCCUUUAAAGAAAUAAAUCUGUUGGAGAAGUGUGCGUUAA